GCCCCUCUGCGCCCGGGGAGUUGACAUUCUGCAGGACUCGCGCGACGUCCCGUCGCCGGCGCUCCCCGGGACCCCGCCGCCGGGAGGAGGGGGCGGAGGAGGGUGGAGACUGCGGGGCUUGGCCAAGGAAGGCGCACAUCCUCAGGCGGGCGGCCGUGACGCGGCGGGGAUUAACUUUGCAUGAAUAAUGUGAGUGCGCCGGGGAAGGAGACCUUCUGCUCCCGGGCUCGGGCAGCGCCCGCAGGCGGCCUUCCCCGGGCAGGGGCGCCCGACCCGGCCGGCUGGAGGACACCGGUCACAUCCUACUAUCUUACCCCAGGAUACCUUACAAGACUUUGUCAAGCAUCUUGCUGAAAUAGAAUGAAUAAACCUUUUGAGCUACUACUUUACAAAGAUUCCAAAGUAAGAGCCCUGGAAGCCGAAACAUACGGCUACUUGUGAAGUGAGAAGAAAUCAGAAGUUCAGAUCUGCAUUUUCCCUCCCAUUGGCCGUCCUGCGUGGGUACCAAGUUCCACACGGGAUUUCAUGGAUUGUCAGGAGAUGUCAGUGAAAAAAAGGGUCCAGAAUGAUUACUAACCCAUGACUCCCAACAGUAUGACAGAAAAUGGCCUUCCAGCCUGGGACAAGCCAAAGACUUGUCCACACGGCGAGCAGGAGUGGAAGCUUGUGGGGAUGUCUGAAGCCUGCCUGCACAGGAAGAGCCCCCCAGAGAGGCGCAGCGCACUGAAAAAUGAGCAGUCGCCCCGGCACCUCAUCCAGGCCACCUGGACCAGCUCCAUAUUCCAUCUGGACCACGACGAUGUGAACGAUCAGAGCGCCCCUAACGCCCAGACCUUCCAAACGGAAGAGAAGAAAUGUAAAGGCUACAUCCCCAGCUACUUAGACAAGGACGAGCUAUGUGUCGUGUGUGGUGACAAAGCCACCGGCUACCACUACCGCUGCAUCACGUGUGAAGGCUGCAAGGGUUUCUUUAGAAGAACCAUUCAGAAAAAUCUCCAUCCAUCCUAUUCCUGUAAAUAUGAAGGAAAAUGUGUCAUAGACAAAGUUACAAGAAAUCAGUGCCAGGAAUGUCGCUUUAAAAAAUGCAUCUACGUUGGCAUGGCAACAGAUUUGGUCCUGGACGACAGCAAGCGUCUGGCCAAGAGGAAGCUAAUCGAGGAGAACCGGGAGAAGAGGCGGCGGGAGGAGCUGCAGAGAUCCAUCGGUCACAAGCCCGAGCCCACCGACCAGGAGUGGGAGCUCAUCAAGACCGUCACCGAGGCCCACGUGGCCACCAACGCCCAAGGCAGCCACUGGAAGCAGAAGCGGAAGUUCCUGCCAGAAGACAUUGGACAAGCACCGAUAGUAAACGCCCCAGAAGGUGGAAAGGUCGACUUGGAAGCCUUCAGCCAUUUUACAAAAAUCAUCACACCAGCAAUUACCAGAGUGGUGGAUUUUGCCAAAAAGUUGCCUAUGUUUUGUGAGCUGCCAUGCGAAGACCAGAUAAUCCUCCUCAAAGGCUGCUGCAUGGAGAUCAUGUCCCUUCGCGCUGCCGUGCGCUACGAUCCAGAAAGUGAGACUUUAACCUUGAACGGGGAGAUGGCGGUGACUCGGGGCCAGCUGAAAAACGGGGGUCUCGGGGUGGUGUCAGACGCCAUCUUCGACCUGGGCAUGUCGCUGUCUUCUUUCAACCUGGAUGACACUGAAGUCGCUCUCCUUCAGGCCGUCCUGCUGAUGUCUUCAGACCGCCCAGGGCUCGCCUGUGUUGAGAGAAUAGAAAAAUACCAAGAUAGUUUCCUGCUGGCCUUUGAACACUAUAUCAAUUACCGAAAACACCACGUGACUCACUUUUGGCCAAAACUCCUGAUGAAGGUGACAGAUCUGCGGAUGAUUGGAGCCUGCCAUGCCAGCCGCUUCCUGCACAUGAAGGUGGAAUGCCCCACGGAACUCUUUCCCCCAUUGUUCUUGGAAGUGUUUGAGGAUUAGACUGACUCAUUCUCAUAAUUCCAACAGCACUGCUGGGUGUCAUUUCAUUCCAUUGCCUAGC